AUGCCUUGUAUAGAAGCACACGUUUCCACCUCGUCCUCUGUCUUUGACCUGGAGUCUGAUCACGACCAUACCAUCACCGUUGUUCUUGUUCUCCAACUCCCGCUGGGGAGCACUGAUAAAGAAUACGAAAAAGCAAUUGGAGCGCAACCCAAAGUUUGGAAAUGGCGGCAGGCAGAGCAUCUUGAGAAAGGAAAGACCUAUAGAAUAGGAACUGAUAGAGGAUCUACUAUAAAGGAAUGGUUUGAAGGAAGUACGGAAGAACUUCUUCGCAAGCCGUUGGCUGAGAGGACGGACGAUAAGAUGAACAAGGAGCCGAUCGUGAUUAAUGUAACUCAGCCAGCGGAGUUCACGAUGAAGAGGCCUGAUGCCGAUGGGAGUUUGAACUGGCCCUAG